AUUAAUGCGCACGCGUAUGGGAAAUCAUUGCAUUCAUAUCUCCAAUUCUCGAAGUUAUGUUUAUAGUUGAUAUUCGUUGCGUAUAAAAACGAAUAUAUCACAGGUCCUAUUGUUAACCAAAAAAAUCACUUAAUUUCAAGAAUUAAAAGACUAGAUAAGAGUUUAUGUCGAAUAAAGGGUGUAUCUCAUAAUGAGUUUUUCGUUGUCAUCGCAUCGGAUAUAGUUUUGCUUAAAGUAGGUUAAAACGAUUAAUGGGUGCAGCGCUUACGACAAAAGUUACAGAAAAAAUGGAAAGGUUAUCCCUUGUCAAAAAUUAUUUCAGCUCUCAACGUUCCGAUAUGCGAGAAAGAAGAGAUGAACAGGAACAACCGCAUGCGAGCAGCAGUGCGAGACCAUUAUCAAUCGAAGGUCCUCGAAACUCAAACAGUACCGAAUCACAAGUGCUUGAACCAAUACCAAACCAGCCUAGGCAACCAAGAAAUUUGCAAGGACUACUUAGGUUUGCUGCGGAAACAGCCAAUUCUCAAGUUCAAGGUCCUACUACCAAUGAUACUCGAUUUAAUCCAAUGGAUGAAGAAAGACGACAAUUUUUGGAAGAAGCAUUUUCUUCGUUAUGUUGUAAUGUGGUGGAAGAAUUACAAAAAGGUAUUAAAAUUUUAUCAAAUGUAAUUGACCUUGGACCAGAGGACGAUACAUCGCAGCAUGAAACUGCUUUGGAGAGAAUAGCAGAUUAUGUAGAUAAUACAGAUAUUGCCAAUGACUUUUAUAAAAUAGGAGGCUUUUCAAUAUUUGGUCCAUGUUUAAACUCUCCUCAUAGCAGCAUCAGAUGGAGAGCAGCAGAUGUAAUAGCUGAACUAGCUCAAAAUAAUCCCUUUUGUCAAGACAGGUUUUUGGAAACUGGUCUGUUUCCGAUAUUGUUGAACAUGAUAGAUACAGAUCCAGCAGAAGCUGCAAGAAUCAAAGCCCUGUAUGCUGUAUCUUGUAUAGUCCGCGAGAAUCACAUGUCGUUGAAGUAUAUGGACAUAAACGAUGGAUAUUCCGUUCUUUUGAGAGCUAUGCAAAGUUCAGUGAAGAAAUUACAAAUUAAAUCCGCUUUUCUUUUAUGCUCUCUUUGUAACAAAGAAAACAUAGAUGAUUUAAAACUCACUUUAGUGAAUAUGGGGUUGGUUGAACAAGCAACUGGUUUGCUGGCCAUUGGCGGUUUACUUCCAGAAAUUAGAGACCAGUUGUUGAACAUUCUCGACGGUUUAACCAACAAUGACUUUCUUCCUGCCUUGAAAGAAUGUAGACGACCAGAACUUUACUUAAAAUCCACACUGGAACGUUGUAUAAAAGAUCUUAAAGAAGAGGAAAACUCAGACCAAGUAGAUGUAUGUUGUCGGCUUUUAAAUAAAGUCUUUUCCGAGCAAGACGCAAAUGAAGAGAGAUAAUUCUGGUUUAAAACAGCAAUGGCAAGCUCUGUUUUGCUGGAUAUUGCUAUUGAUAAAUAAAAUCACACAUAUUUUCUGUACAUCGUGUAUUCCAUAUUUUGAUGAUUUAUAGGUUAACUACUACACGAAUCGAUGAGAAUAAAACUUUGAAUCUAUGGCAAACAAAAAAUGUCGAAAAUAAAUAUGUAAAAAAAAUCGUUACCCUA